AUGGACGGCCGCGAAGAAUCUCCCGCCCCUCAGCAGCAGCAGGAGCGUUCGCAGUCUCGUCAGCGCGGUCGUCAGCGCACGCGUAGCCGUAGCGCGUCUGUGGCCUCGUCUGGAGGCGAGGAUGCUGCGCCUGCACGCCGCCGCCGCGGUGGUAAGGGCAAGAAGGGCGGUCUUCCGGCUGUAGACGAGGCGGGCGGCGCACUUGAUACCGUUGGCGAUACUGUUGGCGGGCUCACUGGUGGUGGCCGGCAGAGCGGUGGUGGAGACGAUAUGGAGGGUGGAGGUGGCAGCAAGCCGUUGAAGCUUCGCCUCGACCUCAACAUUGACAUUGAAAUUACCGUCAAGGCUCACGUCCAUGGUGACCUGACGCUCUCUCUACUUCAUACGCUACGCGAAGAUCUUGUCUUCGCUCUCCAGCCUGCGUCCAACUCACUCGGACCGGACUCGUGA